AAAAUAUUUAGUUUUCAUGGAGGGUUCCGCCCAGAAACUUGACAGACAUCUUCAUUUUUUGCUGAUUUAUAACGGAGACAAGCCGCUGGACGCGUGUCACGCACUAACGUCCACUGUGACAGUUCGCUCCAGCAGAACAGCGUGUGUGUGAAGUGUGUGUGUCGGUGGAUCAGAUGAAGGUUUGGUUGGGUGUUUCUCUUUAAUUCUGCGGCAUCUCUCUCACUGUAUGCGGGCCUGCUGUUGUGGAGGAGGGCGGGCCGUGAACACAAUGAGCAGAUUUCGGACAGUAAACUGGGACUGAUGCGACAUGUACGGAGCGUGGAGUUGGGAUGAUUUGUGCACGCAGUUCGCCUAACUUGGUUUGCAUUGAUUGAAUUUGGGAAUGGCACGCAGAGCUUCAAGUUCAACAUAGGCCCGGUGUGCUGUCUGAAAACUGACCUCGGGUAAACCCUCAGAGGCUCGGCGGACUUUGGAGAUAUUCUGCAGAGGUAUUUUUCUUGCGCAGAACGGAAACUCUGGCGCAACGGCGAAGAGAGGGAUGAUCUCCCCAUCAAGUGGUACGACAGGGGACUGAGUGUAACUGCGAGUAUUUAGGGACACAUAGGCAGCCACUGCGCCUCUGUGUAGCGGUGCAAAAAUGAUGUCACUGAUAGAUCUGGACGAUGAUCAGCGGUGGGUGCCCACACAUGUGAAUGUCACCGUCCUCCGCGCGAGAGGACUGCGAACCAAGGGCAAGCACGGCAGCCGCUACCUCUACACCAUCAUCCAGGUGGGGAAGGAGAAGUACACUACCGGGCUGGUGGAGAAGGCGGAGGUGCCCGAGUGGAACGAAGAAUGCUGCUUCGAGCUGCUCCCCGGGAUCCUGGAGGACGGCGGCCGGAGCGCCUACCCCCCGGGGAGUGGGGACCUGGUCCUCACGGUCAUGCAUCGGGUGCUCAUCGGACUGGACGUGUUCCUCGGUCAAACCAUCAUUCCUCUUGAUAAGAUAUUUCAGGAGGGGAUGUGUCCAAGAGAUGAGUGGUUCAAGCUCAACUCUAAGGCAGGAAGAAAGGAGAAGGAGCGUGGUGAACUUCAGGUGACAGUCCAGUUCACCCGCAACAACAUGACAGCCAGUAUGUUCGACCUCACCAUCAAGGACAAACCUCGCUCUGCUUUUGGCAAGCUCAAGGAUCGUGUCACAGGGAGGAAGAGGGGGGAUCUGGAGUCUUCCUCAGCCAUUGUGCCAGGCCGCUAUGCCGCUCUGUCAGGAUCCCUGGGGCAGCCGUUUGGAGAGGAGGGCGGAGGGGUGGUGGAGACACGAGAUGUGGAGAUAGCAGAGGAGAAGAGGAGCAAGAUGAAAGACUUCUUCAAAGGAAAGCUGCGCAAGUCGUCCGACACCAGGUCAUGCUCAUCGCUGGCUUCAGAGAGUAGUAUGUCUUCCAUGGCUAGUGAUAACCCCGGCCCUCCACCCAGUCUGGAUCUGUUGUCAGACCCUCCCAGCUCCCCCAUCUACACAAGCAAAGUGAGAGUGGACACACACUAUGGAGAGCCAGAUUUAGCUAAAAAAGUGCUCACCAGUCAGCAUACAACAAAGGUCCUCACACACAAGCGAGCCCUCAGCGAUGAGGCUAGCAAGAUCACAACAGCCUUCCCUCGAACAAAUCUUGCAGUGGAGUCUCUCAAGGGUCAGACAAUGACUCAGUCCAAGUCUUCCUUGUGUAUAAAUGGAAGCCAUGUCUAUGACUCUGAGCCAUCCACUCCAAAGACUGCAGGAGCCCUACCGUCCAAGCUGGUCCUGCUGGAAAAAUGUUCCCCACUCUCUCGUUCCCUGCAGAACCUCACCAAGAGAAGUGAAGACAAAGGUUCGUAUGCCGAUGGCCGCCGCUGGUCCUUUGACAGGACGAAGAAAGAGGAAAAGGAGGAAGAAAAGGAAGCUCAGACAUCAUCUCCUCCAAUUCAGCAAGCUCAGACAGGGGGUUGCCCUGUGCAGGCAGCGAUGCCAAUCGUUUCCUCUGCUGCUGAAUCGCCUGAAAAAGGGAGGAAGCUGAGGAAGACGUUAUUCUCUGGAGGGAGGAGUGAUUCUCUUCCAGCUAAGUCAGACCUGAACCAGGCUGCUUCAGCAUCUGAGGGGAGGCUCAGAGGCUGGUUUGGCUCCAGUGACUCCCAGAACAAGCCAAGGCUGGAAGUUUCUCCUAAGGUAGAAAGCAGCUCAGAUGUACCCCCUCCCCUCCCUCCUCGCUCCCCUAUCCCCCCUCAGUGCUCCUCUCCCUCCGGUCAUGUCUCACCUGAUGACUGCAGUCAGUCCCAUCCCUUCACCCCCUCCUCCUCUCCCUCCUCAACUCCCAUCUCCCCCUCCAACCCCUUCCUCCCACGUAUGCAGCGCAACCCCUUCUUUGAGGAGCUCAUAGCUGAAGAGUCGCAGAGGUCCCCUCCUAUUGCACCUUGCUCCUCUUCUGGCUUGUCCCCCUUUCAUUACACCACUCUGCCCUCCCAGCCCUGCACACCCAGCCCUGCUCAUGAUGUUAAUGCUACAAAUAUGGCUUCCAUAAAGCGAGAGCGCCCCAGGCCAGUAGCUAGACAGAUAUCUCUCCCUGCGAUAUUACCCAAAACAGCCACACCUAACUCCCAUAACCAUGCAGCCCCUCGUUCCAUGUCAGAGAGUGCAGGAGAAUGGGAUGAUUGUUUUGAUGCUUUUGCCUCUAGCAGGCUCAACUCACCUAAAAGUAGUCUUCCUCAGAAACAGCAGCGAACCAGUCCAACUUCAUCUCAUAGACGUAGUUAUCCAGUUAAUAACAACACCAAUAAUCACGCACAACAGCUGCAAACAUGUGAAGAGGAGCCUCCACCUUUGCCUCCUAGGAGACUUUUAAGGACCUCAGUGAAUGAGAUUUACUCUGAUGGCUGGUUGCACAGAGGUCAGGAGCUAGCUGUCCAUAAAGAAGCCUACCUCCUCUCACAGACCGGCGUGGCCUCACUACAACGUGGAAGAGAAGGCGAAUGCAAAAGAAAUAGUAUAUCUCCAGACCCUCACACGAGCAGUGAGACCUCAGACUCCCUCAGUGCCCACUCACAACCAUACACAAACAUUACAUCACCAGGAUGCAUCUCUGAAGAAAAGCUCAAAAAGUUCAAAUAUGAACCUUUGGAAGAUGACACUGACUGCUGGGGAGGGAUGUUGUUUGAGCAAGACUUGUAUGGACGCAUGUGUAGAGGAAAUUAUGGACAACCCAAAGUAAACAGUCAUCGCUUAUCAUGGAACACUGAGGAAACUGCUGGAAAUAACAUCACAUGUAAGAACUCAGGACCUAAAAUGCUUCUUGAUACUGAGAUAUCUGUUACAGACCUUUUGAACAUGUCAACUAAAACUUCCCCUAACCCAGAUAUAAAGGUACUAGAUUGUACUUCUAGUCCAGUAGAGGAGGCAGUAGAGUCUAAUCCAACUGAAGCCACAUGCAUCAACAAUAAUGUGUCUUUCUCAUUAACGUUGGGAGACCUGAACAUGAAUGCGAAUAACUUAGACUUUAGUUUUAUUGAUUCUGAUGGCUCCUCUCAGUCAGAGGUAGUUGAUACUCUCAAAGGCAUCAGCAGUUUAGGCGAGAUUUUCCCACAACCGACAGAAGGUUCACCGACAGCCGUUUACCACGAGGAGACCACACCUGAGGAUAUGUUCACUUUAAAGGACACCUACAUACCAGGGAUGAACACCUCAAUUGAAAUCACUGCCUCUUUGAAUAAACUGUGCAAAGUGUCUCCAGUUUGCCAAAACAGCUGCCAAGAUUGUCAGUGUGAGCUGAAUAGCGUGGCAUCACGUGGUCAUUCAAGGGUAAACAGCAGAGACCUUACUAUGUUGUCACAAAAUCAAAUGUCUAAUUUGUCUGAUCUUGAAACUGGACCCAGAGAAGAUAAAACAAGGGGUGACAAUAAUUGUAAAAAAACGGAAAAGGACUUUGAUGAUAAUGGCAAUCCACAAGCUAAGCAGACAGAGUUGUUUUCCGGAGUGGUUAGUGCACGUUUUAGACCGAAAGGAGUAUCCCGACAGAGCAGCAGUGGCAGCCCAAACAGCCAAAGCAAAAAUGAAGACAAAGAGUUUGAACAGCUGUUGUCCCUCGUUCAAAACAUUUCAGAAGUCAGUGAAGGACCAUUGUCGUAUCAGCCCACUAAAUCAGCUCUUUCUUCCUUAUUGGCAUUAGAUAAACAGACAGAUUUGCAAGUAGAUAGCACCAGUACAACAUCACAAAUAUCUUUGAAAGACGACACAGCGUCUCUCCCUACAGAAAACUGUGUAACAAGAAAACCCUCUGUGAUCAGUUUUGAAGACCUCCACGCGAAAGUAGCACCAAACACGAGAACCCCUUCAAAGGCAAAGAUUGGACAAUCUUUGCAAGAGCCUGAACCCUCUUCACCCUCCAUUCCCUCCGCACUCUCCCCGUCCGCUGAUGCACAAGCUAAGCUCCACCCUACCCCUGUCUGCCCCUCCAUACAUCCCUCAAGCAUGGGGCCCAGUGCUGGAGCCAGCACUACUCUGGUUGUGGCCCCCUACACCUCCUCCUCCUCCUCCUCCUACUCUACCACCUCCACCACUGACCAGCCCCUGGUCGAUGCACGGCACACACUUUUGCCUGAGGAGACACAGCCAGCUAGCAACCUGCCCCAUCAGGAGAGCAGACCUCAUCCAGUGAAGCCAUUAACCUCCAGCCAAUCAGAGAAGAAGGAGGGGCGUUCGGUUCUGGAGAAGCUCAAGUCUACAAUCCACCCUGGACGUGCCUCCCAGCAGGUCGUAGCUGAACCUGAGAGGAGUCAGGAGGUGACUGUAGACAACUCUGCUCAGUACCAGCACCUGACCAACAUGGAACUGAUCUCCCUGCUGCUGCAGCAGGAGAUGGACAUGCAGAAGCAGCAGGCGGCCUCCGAGCAGCAGGGGGCGCAGCUGGAGAAGUGCGAGGCCGAGCUGAAAAAGGUCAAGUCACAGGUUCGAGACCUGGAGGACUACAUCGAUAAUCUUUUACUGCGGAUCAUGGAGCAGACGCCCACUCUGCUUCAAGUCCGAACCAGACACAAGUGACUACAGCACUAAAGUGUAUUGCACAUGAUGUGUGAUCAUCUAGAAUACAGGUUCCUCAAGAGAGGGUUAAAAAAACAGGGUUAUUACUGAAGAUUGGGAAUCACUGUUCUAGAGUCAGUCAAACAAAUGCUCCACAAGUCAUCCAGGUCUUCUCACUGCUAAUACUGCCCUGUUGAUGUAGACACGAUAUUAUCCAACAUGCAUGCUGGUUACUAUCUCAAUUUGGCACGGACAAAAAAAAGUACCAUGCGAAGAGCUUCAAUCAAAGUGGAUGCAAAUGAUUAUUUUACCCAUGCUUACUAGAAUGAUUUAAGGUAGUCAGCUGUUGUAAGUCAAAACUUUAAACACACUGCUUUCACGUAUGCAGAAAAUAAAUACAGGCUAGAGAAAACACUUUCUUGGAAGUGCUCUUCAGAGAUUAAUGUAUUUCCGCUGGCAAAAUAUGAAGUUAGCUCAAGUAACCUGAAAAAUGCAACUGCUGAGGUGCAAAAACAACAUUUUGACACAGGAUUUUCAUCUCAAAUAGUUUUAUGAAUUGCCAAUUGCACAAAGGUUGACUUUAGCUGAUUACAUAUUUUCAAAUAGAAUGUAAGAAAUGCUACAAAAAAUAGCAACACAUCAUAAAAUGCUGCUCUGCCAUGUGAAUACUACAAAAAGAGAUGUUUCUGCAUUAACAUAGCUGUAUGACAAGCAAAAAAAGUAUUAAUGUUUGUGUCAGAAAAGACUGAAGAGGAGGAAGACUUAUUGUUUGCAUUUUGUUUUCAAUCUCUCAAUUCCUUAAAUUCUUAUUUCUUGUUACACUUAAACUACGAGAAUGUUUUAAUAUAUUUUUAUGUUUUCUUGUCCACUCUGCGAUUUUUGUUUUCUUUUGAAAAAGCAGCAUUUUACUGUAGAAAUAACAAAGCAUCACUGCAGUAAAUUAGAGUAUAAGUUAUUUCUAUCAGAUACUUUUGUCAUGAUAAUAUAUUCUCUAAUACCACUCUAGUACCACUGUAGCUACUUGCAAUGCUUUACAAGACCGCAGUACUGUACUGUAAUGAAAAUAAAGUGCACAUGACUCAA